GAGCUCUGCAUUUCUACACUAAUAAUCGAGGUUGCUUGCUUGAUUCUCAAAGCUUAUUGAACAUCGAUGCCAGUGACGGGGUAAAAACGAGUCAUCCAAUAGCAGUCAACCAGCGACAGCAGUGGCAAUAUACAUAUAUGUAUGUCUAUGCGUACGCGUCUAUACACAGAUAAUAUUAUAAUACAUCACGUACACGUAUGUAUACACAAACACACACCCAUAUAUAUGUGCUUUCUUCUCUUCUUUCUUACCCUCCCCGUCGAUUAAUAAUACCUUGCUGCUGUAGUAGCUAGCGAUGGCGAUGACUAGGUUAUCAUCACACAAGUGGCACUUCGAUACAGGUGAUAUCCACUCUGAUGCCAAAUGUAUUUCGUACUUUCAUUGCAAACCUUUUGUUUAUAAUCCUAUAAGAUCGCCUGGUCGCUCCGCUUUUAUACUUCAACUAUGCUAGAUAUGCUCAAGUGCCGUCAAGUGAAUGCAACAAUUCCAAUACUGAUUAUGUCCUGUUAAUGAAGUACAAAUAACAUAUCCAGCUAAAGUAUUAUAAGAACAAAUGUUAAGAUCUGAGGCUUAAAAAUGGACAGCUACUUUCUAAGCUUUUUCACGCCCCGGCAAAAGUAUGAAUCACCUGCAAAAAAGCGAGAACCAGCCGAUUCCAAAUCACCAUUGGGUUUUAAUGAAAAGGUAAGAAGUGGCAGCCUUACACCCAGUAUGGCUGGCUUCGGCAGCAUGUUCCGCAAGGCAUCAAAUUUCUUGGGUUUCAGUAAUACUGAUACCUUAAGGCCUCCACCACUUGAUGGCGAAAUAGUCUAUAGUAAGAAUAAUGUUUGUGUUCAUCCGCCAGCACCUUUGUCAUUAGAUGUGGAACAUCAUCCAGGAUACCUCACCAUCCGUUCACAAAAUGACUCGCUCACUGGUCCCACUCUAAUACUAACAUGGAUACCAAAUACAACAUUAAAAAGAAAUCCACGUAGCAUUGAAAAUAGUCCUAACCGUUCUGCUAUUUGCAGUCCAAAGUCAAGUCCAAGACGAACUCCAAAACAAGAUUAUGCCCGUUCAGACAAUCUGACCACUCCGUCUCCAAGUGUCUCUCCUCGUAAUUCCUUAGCAUCAAUAGGAAGUGAACAAUCUCUAUGGAUUGAGCAACGUCAAAGAUCACGACGAGAUGACAGCAGUUUUUGCUCAGAAAUUUCAAUUGGGUCUCGGGAAGAAAUCAGUGACUAUGAUUCCUACCGAGAAAAAUUUGGACCCAGUAAUAAAUCACAAACGGAUUCUGGUCUAGGCACUGAUUGGGAUCAUGCAAGUGGACAAUCUGCUCCAAACAAUGAGAAGGUAACGUCAAAUAUACGUAUAAGAUCUUAUAAAGUUGGGGUUAAUGUCAAUGACUUGACCAAAGAAAACAAGAAGAAUAUUGAUUCUGCUGAUUCUUAUUCCAAGUCUUCAAAAUAUGACAGUUCUUCAACUGAAAGUGAAGGCAUUACCCCUGAAGAACAGUUGGCAGCAAUGCUAAAGAAGAAUAAGGUCUAUAGAAAAUCUCGCGAGUGUCUUGGAUCCAAUCACUCGCUUAGUAUUGAAAUGGAAGGAGAUAAUCUUGUUGUUGUUAAGGAAGAUAGCAAGCUUAACCUGAAUAUUCCAGAAAGUAAUAAAAAAAGUGAUAUUGAAAGUUCCCCAUCAACUGACUUUGAUCAGACAAGCAUUAGCUCUGAUUCAUCUGACCCAAGUCCCACAGGGGAACAUUAUCGAUUAAUGGUUGGUGAACUUCGAAGGAAAUGUGCUGAACUCAAUGACAGGCUCAAUGAAUCCAUGACAAAUGGGAAUAAUGACUUAAUACAAAGUGAGAAUGUACCUUCUGCAACACCCAGCCUCAAUUCAUUUAGCUUAGAAAACCGUUCAGGUGUAGCUGCUGAUCCUCCAGUCACCCCACCUCAAUCAAUAGAUCGACUUAACACCAGUGACAAUAAUAUCCAAGACUUGUCGAUAUCAACACCUGAUAUUGAAGUCACACGAUUCCGUUUAUCAUCUUCAUCCACAUCCACAUCUGGUCCUGAUUCACAUCCACCUACUCCUUAUUUAUCACCAGACCAUUCCUUACCCUCUUCACCAAGGCAGCAACAAGAUUCAUUGUCUGGAAGCAGUUCUUGCUCAUUAGCACAUAAUCUUUCAUUCCCAGAAAAUUCAGUUUCCUAUGUAUCAAAGAGGAAAGAAAAACGCAGCCCCAAAGAGCAAAUUUGUGGUGUAUUCUCCGUUGACCUCGCACAAAUGCGUUCUCUGCGGCUGUUUUAUAACGAUCGAGAGUGUACGCGGGGUCAAGUUGUCAUUGCAAGCCGAGAAAGCCAGUAUAAAAUUUUACAUUUCCAUCACAGUGGACUUGACAAGUUAGCUUCAAUAUUUGAAGAGUGGAACCUGUUUGCAAAUGCAAGAGAAAGGCGUAAAGAUGAAUCGCCUUAUCGCCAGUUUCUGAUUGUCCAGCCUACAUUAAUGGACAGUCAGUGCCAUCCAGAAGAAGGUGUCUAUGGUUUAGUUACAGAAGAAAUUUGGCAGCAACAUAUGAAUAUUGAUGGUCAAAUAGAAGAUGAUUUUCAGCUUAGAAAGGCAAUAUUCUUUGGUGGUGUUGAAGCUAAUUUAAGACAUGAAGCAUGGCCUUUCUUAUUACAUUAUUAUCCUUUUGAUUCUACAUUUUUGGAUCGUGAACAUAUAAGAAAUGACAAAUUUAUUCAGUAUCAAGAUAUACGUAAACUCAGAGAAACAAUGAGUGAAGAGGAAUACCGUGACUUCUGGCGAAAUAUCCAAUGUACCGUUGAAAAAGAUGUUGUUCGAACUGAUCGUAGUCAUCCUUAUUUCAAGGGAGAAAAUAAUCCAAAUAUUGAGGUCUUAAAAAAUAUUUUACUGAAUUAUGCCAUUGCUAAUCCCCGUAUGGGCUACACACAAGGCAUGAGUGAUUUACUGGCUCCUGUUUUGGCAGAGAUUCAACAUGAAGUUGAUGCCUAUUGGUGUUUUGUUGGAUUAAUGCAACGGACCAUUUUUGUUAGCUCACCAAAAGAUUGUGAUAUGGAUAGACAGUUGAAUUAUCUGCGUGAGCUAUUACACCUAAUGCAGCCUUCUUUCUAUGAACACCUUGAAAAACUCGGAACUGAUGCCAUGGAACUACUCUUCUGCCAUCGAUGGAUAUUACUGUGUUUCAAACGAGAAUUUCCAGAAAUAGAUGCCCUUCGCAUAUGGGAAUCUUGCUGGGCCCACUACCAAACUGACUACUUCCAUCUGUUUAUUUGUGUGGCUAUAGUCAGUAUCUAUGGAGAAGAUGUUGUUGAACAAUGUCUGCCUGAAGAUGAAAUUCUUCUACACUUUAGCAGUUUGGCAAUGCAUAUGAACGGGGAUUUAGUCUUACGAAGGGCUCGUGGACUUUUGCACCAGUUUCGAAAAAUUCCUAAGAUUCCUUGUACUCUGCAUGGACUUUGCUCUCUUUGUGGUACUGGAAUGUGGGACAGUGGUCAUGUACCUAUUGUUGAAUGCAUUGGUAAUCAUAGUGAUGAUGAAGAAAGCUGUCCUUAUAACAGUGCACCUUCAACUCCUAUUUGUUCCUUAGAUUAUAACUAACCAAAAGCAGACAGGCAAAAUAAUUUAUUGGCAGCUGACUGGCGAAAAUGCCGACAAAUUUACUUAAUUUAUUUAAUUGUUAAACUGUGGUUAUGAACAGCAUGUAUUCUUUAUGCUUAAAAACUUCUGCGGAGAAUGUUUUACUUUUCCUCCUGGAUUCUUUCUUUUUAUCUUUUUUUAAAUCCAUUGAUCUGUCUCAAAAUAACUUUCUUCUUCACUUUUCAUUUUGUCAUAAAUUUAUUGAUGUCUUCAUUCAUAUAAAGGUGCUGCAAAUUAAAGAGAAUUACACAUUC